AUAUGUAGUACCUAGCUCCAUUCUUGAACUUGCUUAGCAACCAUGACUAAACUUUGCAACUUUCAGAAACUUUCUUCCAUUAUACUCCUCCUCCUUGUCCUUUCAAUCAUUACGCAUGGGAACUCUCAUGAAUUCUCCAGAAAACUAUCGAAGAAAUCAAUGGGCCUAAAGAGAGAGAAACUUAGCCACCUUCACUUCUACUUUCAUGACAUAGUAAGUGGGAAAAACCCCACGGCCGUGAAAAUAGUGGAAGCUGCCAUGACCAACCAGUCGGCCACUGGAUUCGGCCUUAUGGCUAUGAUCGAUGACCCUUUAACCGUUGGACCAGAGCCAAACUCCAAACUUGUUGGAAGAGCACAAGGGAUCUAUGCACAAGCCUCACUCAAUGAUGUUGGUUUAUUGAUGGUUCUCAACUUUGCUUUUGUUGAAGGCAAGUAUAAUGGGAGUAGCCUAAGUGUUUUGGGCAGGAACUCGGUGAUGUCGGCUGUCCGGGAGAUGCCAAUCGUUGGCGGCAGUGGGCUUUUCAGGUUUUCUCGUGGCUAUGCUCAGGCAAAGACUCAUACUUUUGAUUUCAAGACUGGUGAUGCUGUUGUGGAGUACAAUGUCUAUGUCUUCCAUUAUUGAGUUUAACUUUGUUGUUUUGUUUUUUUAUUGAUUUGGUGACACUGCUUUUGUCAAUUGUGUUGCUGUCUUUUUCAUAUUUGCCUAUGCCUCUUGUGAAGAUGCAUUCCCCACUUUGAAAGUAGGAAAGUGAAGUUUCUACAAUUGUGCUUCCUGGAAUAACCUUAUGUCUUUUAUCCUUGAUUUUCAUAUUA